UUAGUGCAGGCCUUGAAAUUUCCACUCCCCUGCUCGCCAAUGGCGAGUGGAAAUUAUGGUGGGGGUGAGUGUGUCCCCAGGGCCGUCUUACUGAGCAGGCUCGGAGCCGUCAGACUGCUCAAUAGUUGAGCUCAGGGAGAGGAGAGAGCACUUAACAGCGUGCGUGCGUGUACAUUUGUGUGUGCGUUUGUGUGUGUCUGUGUAUGCAUGUACAUGUGUCUGUGUGUAUGCACAUGUGUGUAUCUGUACAUGUGUCUGUGUGUAUGUACAUGUAUGUGUGUGUACAUGUGUCUGUGUGUUUGUGUAUGUACAUGUGUGUGUAUGUACGUACAUGUGUCUGUGUGUAUGUACAUGUGUCUGUGCAUGUGUAUUUCUGUGUAUGUACAUGUAUCUGUGUGUAUGCGUGUCUGUACGUGCCUGUGUGUGUAUACAUGUGUCUGUAUGCGUGUGUGUACAUGUUUCUGUGUGUGUAUGUAUGUGUGUGUAUGUAC